AUGCUUCCUAGUAGAGGAUUACCGCCCCGGCAAUUGGCCUCAUUGGCUUCUCGUCAAUCGUCUGCUCUGCGGUCCGUCACCACUGCUACACCAGAACUUCAGCCUGCCGGAGUAGACCAAACCGCCGCGACCGCAACUACAACCCCCACGCUGGAUGGCAAGACGGUUGAGGGCUUGCUCGGUCCCCUCGAUCCUACGAAAUCUGUGGACACUUCGUUUAUAGAUCCUGCCGUGCCCAUCUCGUACUGGGGAAACCUCAAAGACUUGGGACUUGACUAUGGCUGGGGUCCCUCGGCCUUCUUCGAGAGCUUGCUCGAGCUGGUACACAUCAAUGCCGAACUCGGCUGGGCAGGCACCAUUGUGGCUUCGGCAUUGAUCUUGCGAACUGGUUUGUUCUUUACCUUUCAGAGGUGGGGCUCAGACGCCAUGGUAAAGACAGCAGCCAUGAAACCAGUUCUCCAGCCUUUGCAGGACGAGAUGGAGGAGGCGAAGCGACAAGGCGACGAUGAGAGAGUACAGAUGCUCAAGAUGAAGCAGCAGGCUGUCAUGAAGGACGUGGGUGUGGAUCUCUUCAAAUCAAUGGGUACCGCUAUUGCACAGGGUGUUUUCGGAUACGGCGCCUGGAGGUCUCUCCGUGGCAUAGCAUCGCUACCAGCUCCAGGAAUCACCACUGAUGGAUGGCUGUGGUUCACGGAUUUGAGCGUUGCUGACCCCUACUACCUACUUCCUGUGGUUACCGGAGGCAUCAUGUACAUGGUCAUUAAGAGAGGUGGCGAAACCGGUUUGCAGGACCAGACAGCCCAGACCAGCAUGCAAAAGCAGGUUCAAGUCGUCCUGCCCAUUGCCAUGACCGCAGUCACAGCUUUUCAGCCUGCUGCUAUCCAGCUUUACUUCUUCUGUACUUCAAUCACGGGCGCCGUCACCGGUUACUCUCUCCGCCAACCCGCCGUCCGCCGCGCACUCGGCAUCCGUCAACUUCCCACUCCCGAAUCCCAGAAAUUCUACUCGAAAGUCGUCAAAGGCGAGAUCGACCUCAACAGCGUCAAAGGUGCAGACGGAAAGGUCCGGUACCAAGCGCCCAGAACUGCGGCGCCCAGGCGGACAACCCUCUCCAGCGGCAUCAAGCUGAAGCCCGGUGCGUCGCUACCAGCGCAUAUGAGGGCAUCGGUGGACAAAGAGGCCAGCGCGGAGCAGCCGAAGAACGCGUGGGAGCAAAUCAAGUCGACUCCCAAGACCAUUGCGACUAAGAUCAAUAAAUGGAAUGACCCGCGGGACCCGGAGGUAAAGAAGAGGCAGGAUGCGAAGGAGAAGCAGAAGCGCGACUUGAAGAAGUACGAGGAAGAGAGGAGGAAGGGUUGGACGCAGGGUUAA